CUACGGCUGCAGCAAAUCUAUCAAGAACUGAAGCCCGGAAAUGAAACAUUCCGUGUGCAAAUGGUGAAACGCAUCGCCAACGUAACAAUGGCCAUUGAGUUUUUGCACACGCUGGAGGAUUUGGGUCGCUUCAGCAAAAAGCGCAUCGUGCUCGACUGCCCGGCGGAAAUGGCCAAAGAGAUCAUCGUGCAGCAUGUGCGGGACAUAAAGCUGGGCAGGCGCACCUAUCAUUACCUGCUCAGUGGUCUGGUCAUGGACAAUCAUUGGCCCAGCGAUGUGGCAGAGUUCGGUGCCAUCAACAUCACCGGCUUUCGCAUUGUCGACACUAAUCGGCGGGCGGUUCGGGAUUUCCAUGAUAGCCGGAAACGCUUGGAGCCGUCAGGCUCUGGCCUGGGCGCAGCGGGAGGCAACAGCUUACCAGCCAUUUCGGCUCAGGCGGCAUUGAUGUAUGAUGCGGUUUUUGUGCUCGUCGAGGCCUUCAAUCGCAUUUUGCGCAAGAAGCCGGAUCAGUUCCGUUCCAAUCAUCUGCAGCGUCGCAGCCAUGGCGGUGGCUCGAGCUCCUCCUCGGGGACGAACGAGUCGAGUGCCUUGCUGGACUGCAACACGAGCAAGGGCUGGGUGACGCCGUGGGAGCAGGGCGAAAAAAUCUCUCGAGUCCUACGGAAGGUGGAAAUCGAUGGCUUGUCCGGGGAGAUUCGCUUCGAUGAGGACGGGCGCCGCAUCAACUACACGCUGCAUGUGGUGGAGAUGUCCGUGAACAGCAGUUUGCAGCAGGUGGCCGAGUGGCGCGACGAUGUGGGUCUCCUGCCCCUCCACAGCCGCAGCUAUGCGACUUCAUCGCGCUCUGCCUCGGCCAACUCAGGGGACUAUUCCAAGAACCAUACAUACAUCGUGACUAGUGUCCUGGAGGAACCCUAUCUGAUGCACAAGCAGCCCCACUAUGGCGAGGAGCUGGUGGGCAAUGAUCGGUUCGAGGGUUAUUGCAAGGACCUGGCCGAUAUGCUGGCAAAUCAAUUGGGAAUACGAUACGAACUCCGUUUGGUGCAGGAUGGAAACUACGGCUCCGAGAAUCAGUAUGCUCCUGGCGGCUGGGAUGGCAUGGUGGGGGAGCUGGUGCGCAAGGAGGCAGAUAUUGCCAUAGCGGCCAUGACCAUCACAGCGGAGCGCGAGCGAGUGAUUGACUUUAGCAAGCCCUUCAUGACCCUGGGCAUAUCCAUAAUGAUCAAAAAGCCCGUCAAGCAGACUCCAGGAGUAUUCAGUUUCCUCAAUCCCCUAUCGCAGGAGAUCUGGAUGAGCGUGAUCUUUAGCUAUCUGGGUGUCAGUAUUGUGCUCUAUUUCGUCACACGUUUCCCGCCGUACGAGUGGCGCAUUGUGAGGCGACCCCAGCCAGAGGGCGCUGUCCAGCAGCCACCCGGGAUCAUUGGUGGGGCCACUCACAGUGAGCCGCCGCAGCAUCAGUCUCCUGUUCCGGCCAACGACUUCAGUCUGCUCAACUCGUUCUGGUAUUCGCUGGCCGCCUUCAUGCAGCAGGGAUGCGAUCUGACGCCUCCAUCCAUUGCCGGACGGAUUGCCGCCGCCGUCUGGUGGUUCUUCACCAUCAUUCUGAUCUCCUCGUACACCGCAAACCUGGCUGCCUUCCUCACCGUGGAACGCAUGGUGUCCCCCAUCAAGUCCCCCGAGGAUCUGGCCAUGCAAACGGAUGUGCAGUAUGGAACGCUCCUACAUGGCGCCACUUGGGACUUCUUUCAGCGAUCGCAAAUCGAAUUGCACAAGAAGAUGUGGGACUACAUGAACUCCAAUCCCCAUUUAUCGGUCCAUGCCUACGACGAGGGCAUCCGCAGGGUGCGCACCUCCAAGGGGAAGUACGCCCUGCUGGUGGAGUCCCCAAAGAAUGAGUACGUGAAUGCCAGGUCCCCUUGCGAUACCAUGAAAGUGGGCCGCAACAUCGAUGCCAAGGGAUUUGGCGUGGCCACACCCAUAGGAUCGCCCAUAAGAAAACGCCUGAAUGAAGCCGUGCUCACGCUGAAGGAGAACGGAGAACUACUGAGGAUACGCAACAAGUGGUGGUACGACAAGACCGAGUGCAACCCCAAUCUGGACAGCCAGGAGACCUCCACCCCCAACGAGUUGUCGCUGAGCAACGUGGCAGGGAUCUACUACAUACUAAUCGGCGGCCUGCUCCUGGCCGUGGUGGUGGCCAUCGUGGAGUUCUUCUGCCGCAGCAAGACCUCGCGCCUGAAGGCCCCGUCCAACGGCACCGCCGGCGGGGUAACCGUACCCGGCAUGAUGGGCUCCUCUACAUAUCAACGGGACUCGCUCUCCGAUGCGAUUAUGCAUUCGCAGGCAAAGCUGGCGAUGCAGGCCAGCAGCGAGUACGACGAGCGAUUGGUGGGCGUUGAGCUGGCAUCUAAUGUGCGCUAUCAGUACAGCAUGUAAGCGAUGUCCCGGCCACCAGCAUGCUAGCAUUGCGGAAUUUUUGUAAAUAAUUAACGCAUUAUCCGAUAACGCAUAACUAAACGACGCUGGCAAUCAACUCUCGGGUCUACAUAGAGCGAAUACCAUGGGAAUGAUGGCAGGCGGCGUUCGAAAACUGUACAGAAUAAUUAUAAUAUAAUUACUAUUAUUGUAUUUUUGAUAAAUGUAUACAAGGGCGUGCGUGCAUAAAUUAACUAUAACUAAUACUAAUACUAAUACUAAUAAUAAUACAAAUACUAACCCUGUACAUAGGUUAAG